AUGCUGCACGCUUCUCCCCUCCCCAACAAGGCUUUAGCUUCUCCUCUCUGUCUCACAGCUUUAGAGAUCCAAAAUGUCAACUGGCAGAUGUCUGUGAAUCGGAGGGCACACCACACAGACAAGUUCUCCAGCCAGGACUUCAUCGUGCGAAGAGGAUACCCCUGGGAGAUGGUAUUAUUCUGCAACCGACGUCUUGAGUCUGGAGAAGAUCUAAAUUUCAUCGCCUCCACGGGCCCCCAGCCCUCAGAGUCAGCCAGGACAAAGGCUGUUUUUUCAGUCUCCGAGAGAAGUACAAGCGGCUGGAGCGCAGCGCUCAAGGCCAACAAUGACAACAGUCUGGUCGUCUCUAUUUCCAGUCCUGCCAAUGCCCCCAUUGGGUGGUACACACUGAAUUUGGAGCUCUCCUCCAGGGGCAGGGUCGCCUCUCUGAGGCUCGGCACAUUCGUAGUGCUCUUCAACCCGUGGCUGCAAGCGGAUGAUGUCUUUAUGAGUAACCACGCCGAAAGACAAGAGUAUGUUGAAGAAGAUUCUGGCAUCAUCUACGUGGGCAGCACAAAUCGAAUUGGCAUGGUUGGCUGGAAUUUUGGACAGUAUGAAGAAGACAUUCUGAGCAUCAGCCUCUCCAUUUUGGAUAGGAGUCUGAACUUCCGUCGUGACCCUGUAACUGACGUGGCCCGCAGAAAUGAUCCCAAAUACGUUUGUCGGGUGCUGAGUGCCAUGAUCAAUGGCAAUGAUGACAACGGUGUUAUUUCUGGGAACUGGAGCGGCAAUUAUUCAGGCGGUGUGGACCCAAGGACGUGGAAUGGCAGCGUGGAGAUCCUCAAGCAAUGGAAAAAGUCUGGCUUCAGGCCAGUCCAGUUUGGCCAGUGUUGGGUCUUUGCCGGUACCCUCAACACAGUGCUGCGGUGCCUGGGGGUUCCCUCUCGGGUGAUCACCAACUUCAACUCAGCCCACGACACAGAUCGAAACCUCAGUGUGGAUGUGUACUACGAUGCCAUGGGGAAUCCCCUGGAGAAGGGCAGUGACAGUGUGUGGAAUUUCCAUGUCUGGAAUGAAGGCUGGUUCGUGCGGCCUGACCUAGGCCCUUCAUACAAUGGAUGGCAGGUGCUGGACGCCACCCCCCAGGAGAGGAGCCAAGGUGUGUUCCAGUGCGGUCCUGCUUCAGUCAAUGGGAUCCGAGAGGGUGACGUGGACCUGAACUUCGACAUGGUCUUUAUCUUCGCGGAAGUCAAUGCUGAUCGCAUCACCUGGAUCUAUAAUACGAGGAAUGGCAACAAGAAGCAGAACUCUUUGGACACUCACUCCAUUGGCAAAUAUAUCAGCACCAAGGCGGUGGGAAGCAACUCACGUUUGGAUGUCACAGACAAGUACAAGCAUCCAGAAGGUUCCAGGGAGGAAAGAGAAGUGCACCAAAAGGCUUUGAGCAAACUCAAGCCUAAUGCAACUUUCGACCCUACGUCUGCGAGGGAUUUGGCAGGGGAGGAAGGGGAGCCCAGCAUUUCUGGUAGGUUCAAGGUCACCGGUGUACUGGCAGUCGGAAAAGAAGUCAGUGUGGCCCUGAUUCUCAAAAACCUGACUGGAGAUAGGAAGAUAGUGUCAGUGAACAUGACCGCCUGGACCAUCGUCUACAAUGGUACCCUUGUUCAUGAAGUAUGGAAGGAGUCUGCCACAAUAUCCUUGGAUCCUGAAGAAGAAAGACAGCAGCCGGUGAAGAUUACAUACUCUCAGUAUGAUAGAUACCUGAAGGCGGACAACAUGAUCCGGGUCACAGCCAUCUGCAAGGUGGCGGAUGAGGCUGAGGUGGUGGUGGAGCGGGAUGUCAUCCUGGACAACCCUACUCUGACCCUGGAGGUGCUGGACCGGGCGCGGGUGCAGAAACCUGUGAACGUGCAGAUGCUCUUCUCCAACCCCCUGGACGAGCCGGUGAGGGACUGCGUGCUGAUGGUGGAGGGCAGCGGCCUGCUGCGUGGCAACCUCAAAAUCGAUGUGCCAGCCCUGCGCCCCAAGGAGAAGUCUCGGAUCCGAUUUGAGAUUCGGCCCACCCGGAGUGGCACCAAGCAGCUGGUCGCUGACUUUUCCUGUAAUAAAUUCCCUGCAAUCAAGGCCAUGCUGACCAUUGAUGUGACUGAGUGAA